GAGGAGCGUCGGCGGGCGCCACGUCGGCAGGCAACGAAGCGGCACCAGAAGACAGAGAGAGGGAAGGGAAGAGGCUUCGGGAGGCUGUUGCUGCCCAGCAGGGACGGAGCCUGCCCUCCGAGGAGCCGGGGAGGCAACAAUGAACCAAACAGACAAAAAUGAAGAUGUCCCACCAUAUCUCAGUGAUCAGCCACCAGAAGAUUUGUUAAAAGAUCAUCCACAGCAACAGCCUGGUAUGCUUUCACGGGUGACUGGUGGCCUCUUCAGCAUAACCAAGGGAGCUGUUGGUGCCACAAUUGGUGGUGUAGCAUGGAUAGGAGGAAAAAGUUUCGAAGUGACCAAAACGGCAGUAACAGCUGUGCCUUCAAUGGGAGUAGGAUUGGUUAAAGGAAGUGUUUCUGCUGUGACAGGAGGCGUUACAGCUGUAGGAUCUGCUAUCUCAAGCAAAGUGCCUUUAACAGGGAAGAAAAAGGAUAAGUCUGACUAAGCAAGAGACUGAGACCUGUUUGUCAAGGACAUUGCCUGCAUGGCUUUGAAAUCUGCAAAUCUUUGGACUGCUACAAAGCCACAGGUUGCAAGACAUAUCUAGAAAGCUGUAUGAGUAACUUUCACCUCAAAGGGACAGAAGCAGCUUUGUUUCAAAGUGUCUAAAACAUUUUUUUUCAAGCAGUCAUCUGGUGAAAUGUUACACUUGAAACACAUGUAAUCAAGUGCACAGAUCUGAAGGGAUGGCUCCUGUUUAAAUAAUAAUUCACUGUAGAACUUUUUGCAGUCUAGAAACUAAAAAUGUGAAAUAAAAAUGGAAAAAGUAAUAAAGCAAAAGAUUAAGCACUUUGAAGUCCUAGUGGUUCCAACGGGAGGCAUUUUAAAUACAUGGUUAACUCUCCCUUUGAAAUCUGUUGAAUAUUAGAGUGCUUAUGUUUUGAGUAGAUUGCACCAGUAGUUGGUAGCCUCUGCAGUACUAUAAAUAUAUUGAUGUUCUAAGUACAAGUCUUUGGCUUCUGUAUUAUCUUGGACAAGGAAUCAUUGAACUGCCUGAAAGGUCUUCAUAUAGCUUUGCUUUUUGAAAAUAUUUUUAUACACUAAUUCUUUGAAUGGUGACUGCUGUCAUAAAGUGUGUGUGUGUGUGUGUGUAUAAAGACAUAUAUCAACAAAUCAUUCAUGCCUUAUAGUGAGAAACAAUCUAUUUUUACUUAGUGAAUCUAUAAGGAUUUUGUAAUGUCCCUCAUUUCAAUGCAGUCUAUGAAGAAGCUUUACACUAACAAAAAACAAAAACCUGUUGGUACCAACUGAAGAAAGACUGCUAAAUCUCAGGUGUAGCUUAUUGUUAUCUCCUUCUCACCUGCAAAAUGAAAGUCCCUUGUGCUGUUUGGUUGCAUAAAGUGAAAUAUAAGUCCAAAUUUACAGUCUGUACUAUAUAGAGUAAAAAUACUUCUUUGUGGGUUAUUCCCCCACCCACCUCACAAAAGAAAUGACUAAAAUCUGUUCCUUGAACACAGGGCAUAAAGCAGCAAGUGCUGUUCUUGCACAUCAUCUGUUUCAUUGUUAGGUGCUGAAUAUUUAGAGACUGUGAAGUAGCAGCGGUUAAGGAAUUAGACUUCUUAUCAUUUUCAGUAUGAGAACAUGAAGAACUUUCCAUUCAUUUAAUAGGCUUUGAAAAAAACAAAAUGCAACCCAACUGACAAUGAUGAUUUUUUUAAGAUAACUAGGUGAAAUGCAUAAAACUCAGUUUAACACAUACAUUUCCAAGGUUUUUUGAGCAAGAUGUGAAGUAUAAUAUCCUCUCUUGCCUCAGAUCUACAAUCCAUUAACUCCAAAGUAGUCCUGCUGAAAUUAGAGGGAUAUACUGUGGAAUAAAUGGAUUUAUGCCUUUAGAGAUUUCAUUCGGAAGCUCUUCAGCAUGUUCUUGUUGACUUUGUAGCAUUUUUGUACUUUGUAAAAGAUGGCUGAAGUUCACAUGAAUAUUCUGUAUGCAGUAUUUCCUAAAAUGUGUGUGUUAAAAUAAAAGGGAAGAAAAA